AAGUGUUUAAAUAUUUUAGACAACAGAGUGGAAACUUCUGCAGUUGUAUAUAAAAUACUGUCCCUGUUGGGAGGAGGGUGAUUAGUUUUUUUUUUUUUUUCUCUUAACCCUCAUCAUAAUUGCAUCUUGGCCUCCUAAAGUCUCUCAGCCUCAUAGUCUCUCUGCCUCCUGUGAAAUGUUUUUCUCUGCAGGUUUUCUCAUCAUAGAGACCUCAACUUUGACAGUACUAAGGAUGUUAAAUAAAGCCUAUUAGCCAAAGGCUACUGCUGAUAAGAGAUUAAAUGGGUAGUCUUAAUGGAAUUAAUCUGUAGUGCCAGAUAUCUUUACUGCUGACUGGCAGGUCACAGAACACUUUUUUAGCACUUAGUCUGGUUAAUUUAUUAAAAAAAAUAGGAGUUAAGCUCAGUAAAUAUCUGAAAGCUCAUCCUGUUGUUUGCUUUCCCAUUUGUUUUUUUUCCAGUCUGCCUUCUACCCAGUAAGACUUCAUCAAAAUGUCUCUCUAUCCUUCCCUAGAAGAUCUGAAGGUGGACAAAGUUAUUCAGGCUCAGACUGCCUUUUCUUCAAAUCCAGCUAAUCCAGCAAUCUUGUCUGAAGCUUCUGCUCCAAUUCCUAGUGAUGGAGGCUUGUAUCCCAGAUUGUAUCCAGAACUUUCUCAGUACAUGGGUCUGAGCCUCAAUGAGGAAGAGGUGCAGAGAAACUUAGCAGUGGCAGCUGCUCAGCCCCAGGGUCAACUGGUAACACGGCCUUCCACUAAUUACAUGGUAGCUCCAGUGACUGGAAAUGAUAUUGGAAUUCGCAGAGCAGAAAUUAAGCAAGGCAUCCGUGAAGCAAUUCUGUGUAAAGAUCAAGAUGGCAGAAUUGGACUUCGCCUUAAGUCUGUUGAUAAUGGUAUAUUUGUCCAGUUAGUUCAGGCAAACUCUCCAGCAUCCCUUGCUGGCCUGCGGUUUGGGGACCAAGUUCUGCAGAUCAAUGGUGAGAACUGUGCAGGAUGGAGUUCUGAUAAAGCACAUAAAGUUCUGAAACAGGCUUCUGCAGAAAGGAUUUCAAUGAUCAUUCGGGACAGACCUUUUGAACGGAUUAUUACCAUGCAUAAGGACAGCACAGGGCAUGUUGGUUUCAUAUUCAAGAAUGGAAAAAUAACCUCGAUAGUGAAAGACAGUUCUGCUGCAAGAAAUGGACUUCUGACAGAACACAACAUCUGUGAAAUUAAUGGCCAGAAUGUAAUUGGGUUGAAGGACUCGCAGGUUGCAGACAUCUUGGCAACAGCUGGAAAUGUAGUGACCAUCACUGUCAUGCCUUCCAGUAUUUAUGACUAUAUAAUAAAGAGGAUGGCAACUAGCAUCAUGAAGAGCCUGAUGGAUCACUCUAUUCCUGAAGUCUAAACUUGCACCAUGGAUGUGUGUGUACAUAUAUAUAAAAUGAUGAUUCCACUAAAUUUGGGCUAAUAUACUCAGUGAUCUUUCUUCUGCACAUGAGCCUUUCUGGAGAGUGAGAGAAAAUAUGCUGCAUCAAGCAUUUGCAUCUAUAAUGGCUGGGAAUAUCACCAUUCAACAUAUCUUGUGUAUUCACACACUGUAAAACUGGCAGCCUUACAUGCUUGACAAAUGUGAAAUUCCAGUUAUGUUACAACUUCUUUCCGUAGUUCUUUUAUUUAGCUUACUACUACUAUGAGCCAUCGCAACUAAAGGAACCAGGUAUCACUUGCAAAGCUACAUGCUGUUACCCAGGACAAUGCUGUGCUUUGUAUGUCUAAGACAAAUAAGUAUUUUUACUGCUUUUUGUUUGCAAGAGUAGAUUUGAAAUAGCGUAUUAGAAGUAAGGCUAGUACUAGUUAAUUUUUUGUUCUAGUAAAUACUGUUUACACAAAAAUGCCACCUAGCUGAAUACAGCUCAAGGCAUCAGUCAGUAAGUGAGGUUAAUUAGUGUACAGAUACUCAAAUCUUUUUAUUACUUGUUAUAUGAAUUGUAACUAAUACGCUUAUCUCUCGCCUUAACCAUGUUCUUUUAAGGAUCCGGACAUAACCAAAUAAAUGACCAAAACUUUA